AUGGAAGAAAAAAAUAAAAGAAGUUUCAAACCAGUAUUAAAAACAACAAAAACAUCCAUUCCUUUUGACGCGUCUUCAUCAUCCACUAUCCCUGAACAACCUCUUAUCGAAAUACGAUCUAUACCAAAAACAAUUAACGUAUCAACUCAAAAGCGUCAAAAAAUUCAAAAAGUGUUAGAUGGUCAAGUGAAAAAGAUUACUUCCCCACGUAAAAAGAAGAUUGUUUCCGAUAUCUCUAUUCCAAUAAUCGAAUCUGGAGAAUCUAAUCCAUCGGAAGUUACAACACUGCAGGCAGAGAGUAGUAUUGUUGUUACACAACCAUCAUGUUUGGUAAAUUCAUUAUCGUUGAAAGGUAACGUUGACAAUGGUCAGUCUUCGACUUCUGUUGCACAAGAGUCGACCAUCACUGCUUCUUUGCCUCCGGAAAAAACUUCAAAAAAACGAAAGAAUAAAGUAGCAGCUUUAACUGAUAACGUAAAUAAUGGUGGUGAAGUAGAAAGUAAAUCUAGAAGGACAAGGAAACCCAAAGAACCUAAAGAUCCUAAUGCUCCAAAGAAACCUGCGAAUUCUUAUUUAUUCUUUUCAAUGAUAAAAAGGAAUGAGAUAAAGGAUAAAAAUCCAGAUGUGGACGCAAAAAAGAUUGUUGCUUUGAUAGGAGAAGCUUGGAGAAAAUUAUCCGAAGAUGAAAAAAAACCAUAUAAGGAAAUGGUCGAAACAGCAAAGAAAAAAUAUGAGGAAGAUCUAAAAGUUUAUAAUGCUUCCAUUAAUAAAAAUCCGUUUGUGGAUAACACAAAUAAUAAAAAUAAAAAUCAAGCAAGCACAUCGCGUGAUCAGAAAGAAUUAAGUCAAUCUUUAGUACCUACGCACAAUUUGAUUGAACCUAUUGAACCUAGCAUCACGUUAUGCAAUCAACAAAAUGAUCUUUUACAAAUAUCUUCUUCCCAAGUUUUAUCUUUAGUCGGUGGUGUUUCUCUUUUAGAUUUUCAAUACCAAAAUAUGGAAAUUUUUGAUGAUUAUUUUAUUCAAUAUCUCAAUCCAAAUAUCCACAUUUCGACCACAAUAUUACCAUCAUUUGAAAAAAAUAUUCGAGAAUAUUCAGAUAAUCAAAAUAUUUUUCGGAAUUUUUCAAUGACGCAAGGUGAACAACAAAUUCAAAAUGUUAGACAAGAUUUAUUACAUUGUCAACCUUAUGAACCUCCUACUAUCGUACAACCAGAUCGAAACACAAAUCUCUUCUUAUUCUCAACUGGAGAGAGAACGCUAGAACUUAAUAGAGAAACGAUACUUUCUAAUGCAAUACCUCAUUAUGAUUCAAAUUCUUUUAAUGCAUCAAUCGUUCAUCAAACUUCUACCGAAAAUUCAUUGCUUUGUCAAUCAUUUAAACCCAUAUUAGAAAACAAGACCGAAAAGAAUCAUGAAUCUAUUAGUGAUGGUCAAAAUGUGAAUAAUAGUUCCCCAGUCAUUAUUCAUAGUCAAGAACGUGAUUCAGUCAACCUUCUUUUUCAAGCGUUUGAACCACCACCACCACCUCCUAAUAUCAAUAAUAAAACAGCCGAAAAUAGUUCUGAUUCUUGGUAUCAAAAUAGUCAUCGAAUUCAAUAUUUAAUGGCGUCUCCAACUUCUGCACAUCAAUACACAAGGGACGCAGCGAUAUUUCAAGGAUAUCAAGAAAUGUCAAACGCACCACAUCAUCAAAAUCAAAUGGCCCAAGAAAUGACUACUCAUCAACAAACGACGCAUGAAAUCAUCGAUUCAAACAUAACGAAAUCAAACUUUUCCCAAUAUCUGCAUCAACAAGAUGCAUCGCAAGGGGAAGAAUUAUCCAUCAUGAGUAAUCCACAAUUGAUGAAUAAUUUUUACACUUCAUAA